AUGAACCGGAAAGCGCGGCUCUGCCUGGGCCACCUCUUUCUCAGCCUGGGCAUGGUCUACCUCCGGAUCGGUGGCUUCUCCUCAGUGGUAGCUCUGGGCGCGAGCAUCAUCUGUAACAAGAUCCCUGGCCUGGCUCCCAGACAGCGGGCGAUCUGCCAGAGCCGGCCCGACGCCAUUAUCGUCAUAGGAGAAGGCUCGCAAAUGGGCCUGGACGAAUGUCAGUUUCAGUUCCGCAACGGCCGCUGGAACUGCUCGGCGCUGGGCGAGCGCACCGUCUUCGGCAAGGAGCUCAAAGUGGGAAGCCGGGAGGCUGCCUUCACGUAUGCCAUCAUUGCUGCUGGUGUGGCCCAUGCCAUCACAGCUGCCUGUACCCAGGGCAACUUGAGCGACUGUGGCUGUGACAAGGAGAAGCAAGGCCAGUACCACCGGGAUGAGGGCUGGAAGUGGGGUGGCUGCUCUGCUGACAUCCGCUACGGCAUCAGCUUCGCCAAGGUCUUUGUGGAUGCACGAGAGAUCAAGCAGAACGCCCGGACUCUCAUGAACUUGCACAAUAACGAGGCAGGCCGGAAGAUCCUGGAGGAGAACAUGAAGCUGGAGUGUAAGUGCCAUGGCGUGUCGGGCUCGUGCACCACCAAGACAUGCUGGACCACGCUGCCGCACUUCCGGGAGAUGGGUUACGUGCUCAAGGACAAGUACAACGAGGCUGUGCACGUGGAGCCAGUGCGCGCCAGCCGCAACAAACGGCCCACCUUCCUGAAGAUCAAGAAGCCUCUCUCCUACCGCAAGCCCAUGGACACGGACCUGGUGUACAUCGAGAAGUCACCCAACUACUGCGAGGAGGACCCGGUAACGGGCAGCGUGGGCACGCAGGGCCGCACCUGCAACAAGACAGCCCCUCAGGCCAGCGGCUGUGAUCUCAUGUGUUGUGGCCGCGGCUACAACACCCACCAGUACGCCCGGGUGUGGCAGUGCAACUGCAAAUUCCACUGGUGUUGCUAUGUCAAGUGCAACACGUGCAGCGAGCGCACCGAGGUGUACACGUGCAAGUGAGCCCCGAAGCACGCUCGUGCUGCCUGCAGCCUCCAGCUGCAGGUUAGACUGCAGGGAGGACCGGACAGUCUCCAGGCUGGGGUCGCCCUGGCAGGUCACU